AUGGCUGAUGGCUGGACCACGGCGACGCUGGCGAUCCUUGAGAAGGAGACCAUGGAGGAGCUGGAGAAGUGGAACAGCUCGAGCCGCAGUCCUGCAGGAAGGGCAAGGCACCGACAGCGUUGGCCAUGCCGGCUCAGCAGGUUGGUGGGCCGGGCAGGAGACAACCUGGAUCUGCGAGACAGGGCAGAGAGGUUGGAGAGAACGAGGUGGAAGGUGAUGCUCAAGACAAUCAUCGUGGAGUCGGAGCUGCCUGCGGCUGUCGGUGGAAUGCUGAUCCGGAUGGAAUGGCGUGGCCGUGGCCGCAGACCGUCAAGCAAUUCAUCGAGUAAUUACCUCACGCACAGGGUGGCCGAGCCGUGUGGCAAGAGCAUCCCCAUCAGCCUGAUGAAGACCCUCAUGUUCAUCGAGGUGGCGAAAAAGCACCCGGCGUUGAAGAAUGCCCUUGAGAAGGUCAUCCUGGAGCUGGGAAGCUUAGACCUGCGAUGGCGGCAGGCAGCGCAGAUCCCGGUGGAGAUUGUCAUGGCCAUGGAGAGGCACGUGAUGACGGAGGGGGCUAUGAAGCCGCUGCGCUUCUCGGGUACCCAGGGCAUGCUCUUCGGCAAGAUCGAGAUGAGCGGGCGGGGAUUGCGUGGUGUUCUGGAGAGGACCAAGACGACGUAG